CUCAAAUUGCCAUGGCUUCUAAAAUUUUGUUGGUGUGUAGUUUUCUUAUUUUGAGCUUGUGUUUUGGUGGUGCAAGAACUCAGGGUCUAUCAAGGAAUUACUAUGAUAUUUCAUGUCCUAAUUUGGCACCUAUUGUCAGAACACAGCUCAAGAAAGUCUUCAAGAAUGAUAUCGGCCAAGCUGCCGGAUUGCUUCGGCUCCAUUUCCACGAUUGUUUUGUCCAAGGGUGUGAUGGGUCGGUGCUGCUAGAUGGGUCGGCGAGCGGGCCGGGCGAACAGUCGGCGCCGCCAAAUCUGAGCCUGAGGGCGGAGGCGUUCAAGAUUAUCAACGAUCUCCGGCGAAGGGUUCAUGACAAGUGUGGUAGGGUUGUGUCUUGUGCGGAUAUUUUGGCCGUUGCUGCGCGUGAUGCUGUUUUCCUCGUAAGUGCUUCAAAAACUUCCUCGCCCAACACGUUCGACAACAAAUACUACGUCGACCUCAUGAACCGCCAGGGCCUCUUCACCUCCGACCAAGACCUCUACACCGAUCCCAGGACCCGCCCCACUGUCACCGCCUUCGCUGUCAACCAAACGUUGUUCUUCGAUAAGUUUGUCGCCGCCAUGAUCAAGAUGUCCCUGCUUGGCGUGCUCACGGGGAGCCAGGGCGAGGUUCGAGCCAAUUGUUCGGCUAGAAAUGCAUACUCUGUCUUGGUCUCUUCCGUUGGAGAAGCGGAGGAGGCGCGGUCCGGUUUUUAAGGGAUUUCAUGUAAAUUCCGCGCAUGUAAUGAUAAAUAAAUAUCCUUGUUGUAUA